AUGUAUCUGUGUAAAUCAUCCAUGCCAAAAUGUGUUGCUGCUGGGAUAGUCACUACUGAAACUUUCAAGAUCAACUUCUUUGAACAUUUUCAUUGGCUAGCUUUAGGAAACAUGGCAGAGAAAUAUACUAGGUGCAGAUUUGGGUUUAUUCCAACAUACGGCAAGUUCAUGGCCGUCUCCAUCGGCUGCGGGCUGAACCCGAAAGAGAGCUACAGCGCCAAGGACGCCGCCAAGUGGGGGAUCCUGAACUGA